CACGUUGUUCAGUCUCGCCGCCGAGCUGAGUGGACCGGUAUCGCGGCUUUUCUUACGCGCGCGCGAGCGCCCGUCAUUUCCACAGUGUGUGUCCCUCUCAACGAACAUCGCGCGAGAUCGCGAUCACAUUCAACACACACGCGCUCGGGUUGUUUGCCUUUGGAUCGUGCGUUAUUUGUGCGAGCGAAGCGGAACCAAACGGUCGCAACGCUUUCCUAUACGUGAGAGUGUGUGGCGCGUGGUGGCCUGUGAGAAGACCUUCAUUUUCGUACAAAGUGUAAACGCGCUCGCUCGGUACCUUCUCGAAGGGUGCGUGUAUUGUUACAAUCCCACCCGCGCAUCCCGCCGCCUCCGACUCGAUCAUCCGUCUUUGUUGUGUCUGCAGAUAAAGUCAAUCAAUUAGAGCACCCGACAAGCACGCUACAGGCAGAGCGGACGGGCAUUUAAACCUUCUUCGGCUGCUGCUGCUCCUGUAGGUGAUAAAAAGGGGCAACAGUAGAAAGCCAACCGUGUGGCAGAGUGAUAAGAAAACAAUAGUUUCGUGAUUUCUUAACCCUCCGAGAGAGAGAGAAAAAGGGCCUUCGACUGCACCGUGCGCCGCCAGUGUGCGCCGAAACGUCGUUGGACGAAGGGCCAGUCUCUGCCAGCAUAAGUCUGUUGCAACCUUAAAUUUCUCUCUGUCUUGUAUAGAGGGAGAGGGUCUUUGGAGUGAGAGAGUACAAUGAACCUGUGGCAUCUUUGGACGCCGAUGCAAAUGCACGCACGCACGCCGUACGCAUCGUAAUUGUUGGGUCCGGAAGACGCAGUUGAGUGUUGAGUGUGUUCCCUCAUCGUGAUUGUGUUCGGUUCAAUGUUGCCACCGUGAUCGUGCGUACUUGAGAAAUAAAACCCCGCGUGAAUAACCCAGCAACCGCGUAAAAAGCGUCAACUUGAUUAUAGACCGCGCGAAGGUAUAUCGUUUCGGUGUUCAAGGCUGCAGAAGCACGGUUUUUUCGUUCUGCGAUGGAGUGUCGCUUCUUCCGCCUUUAAACCGCUUCACGUCAUAUCUAGCCAGCCUUUUGUGUGUGUGUGUGUGUGUGUGUGUAUGUGCGUAGUUUGUGUGGUUUCAUCCGAAGAACCGAACCUCUCCAUAAGACCGACGAAGCAGUGAACCAGCCGUGUUUGGAUCGUCGAGCGACCUUAAGGAAAGAAAGAAGGGAUACAAGAUUGGUGUCGCGCGUUUUUUUUAUGUUUUGAAACCCAACAACCCAACCAGACGUACACAUCCGCUACGAUCGUCCGUUGCCUGCGCGUGUGAGCGUGUGAGUGUUUGGCCCUUUUUGCCGGUUUGGGUUCGUUCCUACUUCCUUCGUGACGAUGUCGUACUACGCACCGAAAGCGAAGCCGGUGGCAGGAGGCACCUUGAGGGCCGUCUACGAGAAACUAUACAGCAACUGUUCAACAUUCCGCAAGCUGCACUAUGAAGAAGUGCCUGACUCAUACGACUACAACAGCCCCAAUGCACCGAACCACCACCCGUCGGCCUACCCACAUCCCGGCUCGCCCUACCACCAGCAAAACCACCAGCCACCGCCCUCCGACACCGGCAGCCCGUCGAGCGAUGCGGUAAUGAUCAAGAUCGAUACACCCUCGCCCCUGCGGGACGAUCAGUCGCGCUAUCCGAAGGAAAUUGGCAAAACCCUGCUAGCGCUCCUGUUCCUAGCGGGCAACUUUUUCCUCGCCACCGUGUCGCUCUCCCUGGUGCACGAUCGCGUCCCCGACCGGGACGUGUACGGGCCGCUGCCGGACGCUUUCCUGGACCGGGUGCAACCGCAGGACUGGGCGCUCGAUGUGAGCGAAAUACUGAUCAUGGUGGUGGUGAACUCGUGCGUACUGCUGAUCACCUUCCACAAGCAUCGGUUCAUCGUGAUGCGGCGCGUGUUUCUGCUGCUGUCGAUCCUGUACAUGAUGCGUUCGCUCACGAUGUACGUCACGGUGCUGCCCGUGUCGAGCCGGACGUACUACUGCAGCCCGAAGAGCAACGCGAGCAGUGCGGGCGUGAUCGUGAAGCGCGCGUUUCAGCUCAUCUCCGGGAUGGGGCUGUCGAUCAAUGGGAAGCAGAUCUACUGCGGCGAUUACAUCUACAGUGGCCACACGGUAACGCUCGUGCUCGGCUAUCUAGUGAUAUCGGAAUAUUCACCCAAACGCUUCUGGCCGAUCCAUUGGAUCUACUGGUUGGCCAGCUUGACCGGUGUCGUGAUGGUGCUGGUAGCACACGGCCACUACACCGUCGACGUGCUGAUAGCGUACUACGCCACGACGCGACUGUUCUGGACGUACCACACACUUGCCAACAACAGCUUGCUGCUAAAGCAAAACGGCAACAACUACAUCGGACGUGAGUGGUGGUACUUUGCCUUCCGCUACUUUGAGCGCAACGUGCGCGGCCCAAUCCCGCUCCAGUACGAUUGUCCGCUGUCGCUGCCCUCGUCCUGGACGAAAAAGUCGCCCAAACUGCCGGGACGCGAAAGUUGAUGCCUUACCACCGCCGUCUGGUUGGUGGCUGAGGAUGCGCCGGAACAUCCGCCGGCAAGCGGAGAGCUGGCGCAUGUUCAAAGGUCGACCUGUUCUCUUACCGCUGCAGCAUAUCUGCACCGUCUAGGCGACGUAGCGAGAAGCCUAAAAUGUCCAUAGGAACAGGAAAAGAAAAGACUUGAAAACCAAUACCCCGUUAAGUAAGGAUUUAGUGCAGGAUGCUCGUUGUGUACAGGGAUCUGAUAGUGUGCAAGGGGUUAGUUAAAGCCAACAACCUGUUCCCCCUCGCGAGUGAGUUAAUUUUCCCGUUUCUGUCUGUCGAUUUGGAUUUACAAUGCCACCAUCCCCAUUUUUUUAAUAGAAACAUUCAGCAACAAGUGUUUAUUAAAUUAAGCCCAGUUUUCUGUACAUUUGGCAGAGCACAGUGGUCAUGUUGUUGCAAGCGAAGGCAAGCUUACAGAAGUCAGAUUAGGUAGAUUCUAUUUUAGCUUAGGUUUGUAAGGCCAAAACUGUCCCUCCCUCUUCAUCCCUAAGUGCUUUUGGUAUGAGGAAGUUUUGUGGAGCUAUUCUGCAAAACUCCACACCAACCACACAAAACGAACGACGAAAAUCAAUGUGAUAUAACAAAUUGCGCCGAGCGCAAUGCUAGCGAAAAAGCGGAAGAUUGGAGCAAAAAGGCAGGGGAGAGCAGGUCCCGUUCGUUCACGGGUGUAGUGGAUGGUUCAUUUGCUGGGAAUGCAGUUUUGCAAUCCUCUGUGUACAGUACAUCCUACACAUAUAUGUAGUGCAUUUUAGCGGGUUUCUUUUCGAUUCAUUUAAGCGUAGGUGUGUAUAGGCUAGACCCGAGGCUUCUAAUUUGUGUUUUUGUGUGUGUCAGGACGUUUUCUUUUUUAUAUAAAAUCUCUAAUUCGAUUUUUGGAAAAAGAAAAAAAAAAGAUUAAGCGUCAGCUAAUUUGCCAAAAUGAACGCAUCUUCGCUUAUCUGUUACCAUUUGUAUAUAGGAGCAUUGUGUUGCGUUUCGAGCCAGGCGAGCCAAUCUCAUCGUGCGCUGCCGAUACGAGAAGAUAGCAAUAAUUAGUCUAAACCAAAAUGAAACAUUCGCGCGGUGAUGAUCCUAAGAGUUGAACGGCGCCACUAGACACAGGAUUGGUGAAUGUUUUCAUUUGUGGUCCCUCUUUUUGUUUUAACUCGAGAUGAGCUGUGCACGUUCCAACUUUGAAGCUGUUCCCGCUUCAGCCCAGUCGUACGCAGCCCGGCACUCGUUUACCGAGAAACUCUAUAGACUGUCGCUCGUAAAAGCUCGUGUUGUUUGUGCCUUCGUAACUGCCUUUGUAUAGUGAAAGCGUUUAUUGUGUAAGAAACCGAAACGAAAUCAUGAAACAACCAAUAGAAGAAGGAAAGAAUACA